CUUAUGGACAACAUCUCGGCAAGAUUAAUACAUCUAUUGAGCAAUGCCAAGUCAUUAAACCAAACCAAACUUGUUCACCAAAAAGCUAUCAUUUUUGGGUUACAGAGCAACACAGCCUUGUGCAAAAAAAUCAUCAAUCUAUACAUCUUGUGCGGCGCAUAUCGAUGUGCAAAUUCGGUUUUCCGGAGCAUCGAAAACCCUUUAGAUAUCACAUUAUGGAACGGUUUGAUGUCGGCAUACGCAAAGAGCUCCAUGUUUCCCGACGCGCUCUCAUUGUUUCGGAGUUUGCUCAAAUUCCCUUAUUUAAACCCCAAUGAAUUCACGUAUCCUAGUUUGUUGAAGGCUUGUGGCGGACUGAGACGACUUGAUUACGGAGAAAAGAUUCAUAACCAUUUGAUAAAAAAUGGGUUUUUGUCGGAUGUCGUUAUUGCUAGCUCUUUGAUGAGGGUGUACGCUAAGUGUGGUGUAUUUGGUUCUGCUCUCAAAGUGUUUGACGAAAUGCCUGACAGAGAUUUGGCGUGCUGGAAUAAUGUGAUUUCUGGUUAUUAUCAGAGUGGGCAGUGGGAGAAGGCGUUGGAGUAUUUUGAGAGAAUGAGGAGCUCUGGGUUCAGGCCUGACUCUGUGUCGUUUACAAUUGCGAUUUCUUCGUGUGGGAGGAUGUCGGAUUUGGAAAGAGGGGCACGAAUACAUGAAGAAGUAUUGAGCAGUGGGCUUGUUGUGGAUGAUUAUAUUGCUGCAGCUCUUGUUGAUAUGUAUGGGAAAUGUGGCUGCAAAGACAGGGCUAAGGAGGUCUUCGAGGAGAUCAAGAUCAAGAGCUUAGUUUCUUGGAAUGCAAUGAUUGGAAGUUUUAGUCAGAUUGGAGACAGUUUGUCAUGCAUUGGACUCUUGAUUAGAAUGAAUGAGGGAAAAGUGCGGCCUAAUUCAACCACCAUGUGCAGCUUGUUAGUGGCCUGUGCCAAAUCGGCACAACUGCAACAUGGAAGAUUCGUACAUGGCUACAUUGUUAGAAACAAUGUAUUGAAUGAUAUCUAUGUUGAGGGUUCACUAAUUGAUUUUUACUUCAAGUGUGGAAGAGUUGCACUUGCAGAAAAGGUAUUUGGAGUGAUGCGUAAGUCGGAUACCGUUUCUUGGAAUGUCAUGAUCUCUGGUUAUGUAUCUGCAGGCUGCUACUUUGAGGCGCUAGGCGUGUAUGAUGAUAUGAGGGAAGCUGGUGUGAGGCCGGACGCAAUCACCCUCACUAGUGCAGUAACAGCUUGUGCACAAUUGGCUGCUUUGGAAAGGGGCAGAGAGUUCCACAAGGUCAUCACUGAGAGUCACUUGAGCUCCAACGAUGUACUAAUGGGUGCCCUUUUGGAUAUGUAUGCCAAAUGUGGUGCUGUAACUGAAGCUGCAGCGGUGUUUAACCAGCUCUCAAGAAGAGAUUUAGUGUCAUGGACUUCAAUGAUUGCAGCAUAUGGCUCUCACGGCCAAGCACCCGAGGCAUUGAAGCUCUUUGACAAAAUGCUCCAAGCUCGUGUAAGGCCUGAUAGAGUCACGUUCCUUGCACUGAUGUCAGGUUGCAGCCACGGAGGGUUGGUUGAUGAGGGCCUGAGAAUUUUCAGUUUGAUGGAACACGGCUAUGGAAUCAGACCUACAACUGCGGAGUAUUCGUGCCUGAUAGAUCUCUUGGGCCGUGGUGGGAGAUUGCAGGAAGCAUAUGAGAUGCUCCAGCAGAACUCUUAUGCUAGAGAGGAUGUGGACUUGCUAAGCACACUAUUUGCUGCAUGCCAUGUGCAUGGGGAGGUCGAGUUAGGGGAGAAAGUUGCUGAUCUCCUUAUUGAGAAGGAUCCGAAUGAUCCUUCAACUUAUGUCGUCCUUGAAAAGAUGUAUGCGGCUGACAAAAAAUGGGAUGAAGCACGCAAGAUUAGAUUGAACAUGAAGGAACUAGGGUUGAAGAAGAGGCCCGGGUGCAGCUGGAUUGAAGUUAAUAAGAAGGUGCAAUCAUUUUUAGCAGAGGAUAAGACAUUCUCACACCUACAACCUGUUUAUCACUGUUUGUCCUUAUUAUAUACCCAUAUGGACAAGAAUGAGAUGGAAGCACAACCCGGAACAAGUGAUGGUAGAUGUAACAAACCAUGUGGGCCUUGAUGUUAAUUUGGGUGCCAGUCAUGAAUGGUUAUUUGCUCCUCUACAAUUUAUUUAUUGUCUAGGACCCAGAAAAGCAGCUUCUCUCCAGAGGUCCCUAGUAAAUAGCGAUCGAGCAUGUAAGGGAGAAGCCACAUUUACUGAGAGCUGUAGAUGUUCAUGAAUAUGCUAAGCAGAAAAAUCAUCUGAACAAGAAAGAAACCCUCAAUGAUAUUAGAUUGGAAUUGAUGGAAGGUUUUCAGGAUCGUCACAGACCUUUUGUAGAACCAGGUCAGGAUGAAGAGUUUUGCAUGAUCACCGGAGAGACUGAAGAGAACUCUCUGAAGGAAGAAUUGUGCAGGCCACGGUUCGAAAGGUGCAGGAGGAUUUCAUGGACGAUUGGAGGGAUAUCAAUGAGUUAAAUGAGAAGCUGAGCGAGGGUGAUGAUAUGACUUGCAAAACUAAACCAAUUCAGAAAAAUCACUAUCAGAACGCAGAAAAAGCUCACAAGGAGGAGCUUGAAAAGAAGCAUUUCAAGCCGAGGAUGAUCGUUCACUCACGCUUCCAAAAUAUAAAGUCUGAUGCAG